AUGAUUGAUCAAGCGUUGGACGAUAAUAUUUCUGAAAAUGAUGAUGAUGAAAGUUUUUUUCUAGAUGUUGAUAUCUUACAGAAGCAUGGAAUUAAUGUGGCAGACAUUAAAAAAUUGAAGGGAGCCGGUAUUUGUACUAUUAAAGGAAUCCAAAUGUGCACGAAAAAGAAACUUACUAACAUUAAAGGAUUUUCUGAGACAAAGGUAGAAAAAAUCAAAGAAGCCUGUUUAAAAGUUAUUUCAUUGGGUUUCAUGACUGCUCUAGAAGUAAGUGAUCGAAGAAAACAGGUUUUUAAAAUUAGUACGGGAAGUUGUGAAUUAGAUAAACUCCUGGUUGGAGGGAUAGAAUCGAUGGCAAUAACAGAAGUAUUCGGUGAAUUUCGUACUGGGAAAACACAACUAUCUCACACACUAUGUGUAACAACGCAAAUACCUAAUUCGUCAGGCUAUAGCGGCGGCAAGGUCAUGUUUCUCGACACUGAACACACCUUUCGGCCAGAUAGACUACGGCCUAUUGCGGAUAGAUUUAACUUGGAACAAAACGCCGUCUUAGACAACGUUCUCUACGCAAGAGCUUAUACUUCAGAACAUCAGGCCGAACUUCUCGAUUUUGUCGCCGCGAAGUUUCACGAAGAAGCCGGCGUGUUCAAACUCUUGAUAAUAGAUUCGAUCAUGGCCCUGUUCCGAGUCGAUUUCUCAGGACGCGGCGAGCUAGCUGAUCGACAACAAAAAUUAGCUCAAGUUUUGUCUAGAUUACAAAAGAUAUCAGAAGAGUACAAUGUCGCUGUAUUUAUAACAAAUCAGAUGACUGCAGACCCUGGAGCUACACUGUCUUUUCAAGCCGAUCCAAAGAAACCGAUCGGUGGAAACAUUUUAGCGCAUGCAUCCACGACCAGAAUUUAUUUAAGAAAAGGCCGCGGAGAAAACCGUAUUGCUAAGAUAUACGAUUCACCAGAUUUACCUGAAAGUGAAGCUACAUUUGCUAUUACCAAUGGCGGUAUCGCUGAUGCUAAGGAUUAAAAAAUUUCGCUAAUACAAAAA